CAGGGGGGUGGUGGGGGUGGAGGUGGGGCUUGAAUAUACAUAAGGGGCUAAGACAGUCCGCCAGUCCAAUUUGGCACAACAUCACCAGACAAUUUGCUGUUGCUUAACCUAUACGAGGAAGCUGAUUGGGUCUCUCCUUUCAUUUAGACUCUCUUUAUCUCCUGGAGCUUGUAAGAAAAUAAUCCUCUUGGAACGGCCCUCCUCUGGAAGAGAGACGCCGCGUUAGUGAUGAGCACAGGCUUACUCAAAACUGAGGCUUUAUCCUGGAUGUCGGAUGUGGACAACGUGACUGGGGGCCAGUCCCGGGACUUGGUCCUGCAGCCUGCCUGGGACUACCUCCACCAGAACCACCACGACCUCCUGAGGAGCCCUCUCUUCCCCGUGGUGCUCUCCGUCUCCACCUACUUCUUCCUGGUUGGUCUUUACACCGUGCUGGACCUGCUGGCCCCCGCCUGGCCCUGCAUCAACCGCUACAGGCUCCAUCCCGACAGACCGGUCACCUGGCCUAACAUCUGGACCACGCUGGGCGUCACCAUCUACAACCACCUGCUUUAUAUCUUCCCCGCUGCGGUCGCCCAGUGGCUGUGGAGGCCGCCCACCCCGCUGCCUCGUGAAGCGCCCACUCUUUGGAGCUUCUUCCUGGGCAUCCUGGGCUGCAUGGUGGUCUUUGACUUCCAGUAUUACCUGUGGCACCUGCUGCACCACCGGGUCCCCUGGUUGUACCGCACCUUCCACGCCGUGCACCACCAGUACAACCAGCCCUUCAGCCUGGUCACCCAGUACCUAUCUGGCUGGGAGCUGUUCAGCGUGGGAUUCUGGGCCACGGUAGACCCCAUCCUGCUCCAGUGCCACUGCCUCACAACGUGGGGCUUCAUGGUCUUCAACGUCUACGUCUCCACCGAGGACCACUGCGGCUACGACUUCCCGUGGGCCGUGCAUAACCUGGUGCCCUUUGGCCUCUGGGGCGGCACGCCCAAGCAUGACGCGCACCACCAGCGGCCCGGCACUAACUUUGCCCCAUUCUUCUCUCACUGGGACUGGCUGGGGGGCACCCACACUGUGCCAACCCCCUCCAGCCACCCUGCCACGGGAGAGCCAGACGAGAUGAAAGGGAGAAAGGACUAAAGAGCUUGAAUUAAUCUCCCAUUGACUCUGUCUCUCUUGUACUCAGUCUGCCUCUUUUGUACCUGCUCUCAUCUUGUUUUUCCUCUCUCUCCUCUCUCCUGCAGGCCACUUCCUCUCUGUCCUCUCUCUCUCUGCCUCUCUUUCUCUUUCAUAUUAUUAAAUAGACUCACCUUAUUUUGAAAAUCCUCCACUGCUCUCUAGCAGAACAAGGAUAUUCUCCACAGUUUAGGAGCUGAUUAUUUCUCUAACAUUUCUCUCUGGUAAGUUGUUGAGAAGAAUUAUCUUUAAUGUUUGUUUUGCAUAGACAACCCUGCAGAUUUUUCCAUUUAUCUUAAUGUAUUGUUACUGUGUCUCCUUGUUAUUCUCAGGUCCGUUUCAGUACAUGUGUAACAUGUUUUGAGCUACUUUGAAAAAUAAAAGUAAAAAUAAAUAAAAGCACCUAUUUGA